AUGUCGGCCAUCAGCACGUGGUACGACCACCUCGUGGGCACGCAGCUCUCGAGCGGCGGCGUCGCCGGCGUCCUCACGGCCUUCGUCAAGAACGUCAGCUACAAGCUCAAGCUGCCGGAUGGGUCGACGGUCGUCGUCUCGGCCGAGCUCGCGAUCCGAGCCAAGCGCCUGCAGCUGGACGGUAUGCAGCUUACGUUCGAUGAAGGCCAAACGGGCAAGGUCUGCUCCCUCGACGGCGUGAGCUUCUACAGCGCCGACUACAACGAGAGUGGGCUCGUCAAGGUCAAGUGGACGCACGACGCACCUACGACGCGCUCGUCACACGUCGACCUGGUCGCCGUCCUCGAGAAGGUUCCCGACCUCCUUCUUGGCGUCCAGUUUUACAAGACGUACGACAACGACGAGCUGUACCUCGUGACGGUCGCGUCGUCCAAGAUGGACGAUGGCGAGUUGGUCUACCGCCUCAACUUUGAGGACGGCGACUACGACUACAUGAAGAAACUCGACUUGCUCGUCGAGCUCGCACCCGCGAUGCCGACCGAACGCAUCGUGCGCGUCGAAGACCUGGCCAUCUACACACCCGACGCCGUCACCGCGCCCCAGGCACCGGACGCCGUCGCCAACGUUAAGUUUUGGGGCCGCUCAAUCUACAUUGCGCUCGGGCAGAAGGGCACGAAUGUGAUUGUCAACGACCUCCUCAACACGGACGACGGCCAGCCGGGCGAGGCCAAGGCCUCAAACGCCAUCUCCAAGCUCGAUAUCCUCGUCGCCAUAAACGGCGUGCCCAUCCGUGGCCGGCCUGUCGAGGAGGUCGCGCACAUGAUCAACGGGUGCACUCGACCACUGACGCUCUCGUUCCGGAAGCCCAGGUCCAAGAAGAGUGCGGUUGCCGAGGCAUCGACCCCACUGCCCACCCUCGCACAAAGCGCAGCGCGCCUUCCGACGCUCAAGCCUGUAAACCCCAAGGCCGCGACGCCGAAGUCAACUGCGCCUGCGCUGGCCCCCAAGCCGACACCCGGGCCAAGCGUCGAGCCUGCCACAAAGCGACCGUCGCUGGCAACUCCAGUCGCAGUGCCGGUCGUGCAGCCACCCGCUGCCAAGCCGUCGACAGCGCCUGCCAAGUCAUCGACAGCGCCUGCCAAGUCAUCGACAGCGCCUGCCAAGCCGACGGCAGUGCCUCUCAAGCCGAUAGCAGUGCCUGCCAAGCCGACGGCUGUGCCAGUCGUGCCGCCACCUGCUGCCAAGCCGUCGGCAGCACCUGCAGCCAAGCCGUCGGCAGCAUCUGCUGCUAAGCCGUUGGCAGCGCCUGCUGUUGCACCUCUCCCUCCACCGACAACACGCCAUGAACCGCUCAGCUCGGAAGUCAUUGCAGCCGUCGUCGGUGGGGUCUUGGAAGUCUUUAUGACCUCAGACGACGACUCGGACUUGGUAGAUUCAGAUGGGACGGAGGACCUUAGCGCCGAAGCUGACUACGAGGCGUCUUCGUACGAUACCAUUUCAGAGUCGUCGUCGGACGACGAGGCGGAGGAAGAAGAACGACAACGCCCGUCGACCUCCCCAAGCAAGCGCACGCUUGCCACGACCACCGCCACGGCAGCGUCGUCACCACCUUCCGCCGCACACAGCGAAAAGGUUGGCAACAAGAAGCCAAGUGACGUGUCGGGCAAGCCCGAGCCGUCAAUCAAGGCAGAGAACUUGCCGUCGCCGUCCAAUGCGACGAAGAAGCGCCCAGCGACCGAGACGGUGUCGGGCAAGGCUGUUGCUGAGAUGCCAAGUCUGCCGAAGAAACUCAAAACGUCGGACGCACUUACCGCGUCACAGCGACCGAUCGCCACCGAGAGUCCGAGCACGAAGAAGCUGCCACUGACGUCCAAGCCGCGGUCGUCAUCGCCCGAUGCGAGUCCGAAGGAGACGGAUUUGAUUGGCAGCCGUGCGCGCCGGCCACGGCGGAUCCAUGUGCUGGUCCACAAGGCGUCGUUGCACCUCUCGCUCGCCAACAUUGAGCCCAACCAGUUCCCGAUCAUUACGAGCUUCCUCCCGGGGCCCCUCGGCACCAAGGGCGAGGUCGAACUCGACGGACGCGUCCAAAUUGGCGCGCAGCUCGUCACGGUGAACGGGCAGUCGACGCAAGCGCUCUCAACAAGUCAAGUGGCAAGUCUGAUCAAGAGCGCGCCGCGACCGGUCAACGUGAGCUUUCUCAACGCGAGCGUUGAGUUGGAAAAGUCUUAAUUUGCCGUCGAUAUAUAA